UCGAGUUACCGACUCGAUGCAGCGCGGUGGCACAUUCCAGAUACCGUUACGCUUAAGCUUUCAGUCUACGUCGAGUUGGCCACGUGCACGGACACGUCGAGUCGAUUCGAGCGGUUCGCGUGCCCCAAUCACGUCCAAGAAACAACAGAGAAACAGCAUAACAAAAACAUCGCGUUCGCGGUUCGUCCACAAAAACCAAAUAAAACUCUAGUGAAAAGCGCCUCUCAGGAUAUAACUUUGGAUAAUUCAAAUAAAAGUUAUAUUUUUGGUUAAAAUAAUUUCGUUUUUGUUGUAAUUUUUUGUCUGUGGAAAUUCGAGUGUGUGAAAAGUGUACCAAUGUGCCGGCUGGGGAGAAAUGCGCGCCAAAAAUUAAUAAAUAUACUUCGAGAAAUGUAAUAGCAACAUUUCAAAGGAAUCUGAACAACAGAAAAAAAUAAUCCGUUGACUCAAUUCGAAUUCAAGCUGGAAAAUCAUAGAAAUUCAAUAGAAACAAACAAAUAUAUUAACCAUUCGAUCAACAACAUGGCGUAUGAUUAACAUACGCAUAUUUUGUUUGCCGGGAUUCCUGUGUUACGUGUGGAGGCGGACGGCUCGCUUGCUGAGGAGUGAAGGAGAGGGAGACGGCAAUAAGACUGAAGCUGGCAAAUCCUCACACAAAAUGCGUCGAAGAAGCAGCAGCGACAGCGACAGCGGCAGCUGUCUUAUCAGCAAGAAACAACAACAACAGCUGGAGAGGAAGGAGGACCAGCAGACUCGGGCAGAGCAGCGACCGCGACCGCGUCAGCAGGAGCAGCAGCAGCAGCCGCAGGCAGAGAAAGAGCAACGAAAGAAGCAGCAACAAAAUCAACGGUUAAUCCCGGGCCCCCGCUGCCCGCUGCUGCUGCUGCUGCUAAUGCUGCUAAUUGUUGGCGAGGCAGUUUACGCAGUUGCGGGCAGUGGGGCAGUGACAAAUCGCUCGGCAGCCACCCAAUCAUUGACACUAUCGCAGAGCUACCACCAAGACAAUGCCACCAGUAGUCCAGGAGGCCACCCCACGACAAGCUCAUCCACAGCCAAUGCAUUUGCCCAGCAGGAGGAUGCUGUGCUGGUGGACGAGGAGCCGCAUGCACUGACCAUUUCUCGACCACCGCGGGCGGGUCGCAGCGAGCGGCAGGCGAUGGAGGAGGAUCAAGUGGACCGCUGCCGGCUCUUCGUCGAGGGAGACCCCACCAAGAACGAGCUGUACAGCCCCGAGUAUCCCAAUCUGUAUCCGAAGAACAUCAACUGCACGCGAGUGAUAACAGCGCCGAAGGGACAAAUCAUACGCCUGGACUUUCGCAACUCGUUUAAUAUCGAGGCCAAGGAGGAGUGCAAAUUUGAUUUUCUCGAAAUACGCGACGGACAGUACGGCUUCUCCACGCUGAUUGGCAAGUACUGUGGCACCGAUUUCCCCCCGGAAAUCACCUCCAAGGAGCGCUAUCUGUGGUUGCACUUUCACUCGGACGAGACCAUCGAGUACACCGGCUUCAGUGCCGUUUACGAGUACCUCGAUCGGAACCGCGAGGCCCCCAGCACCGACCUCAACUGCACCAUCGAGAAGGAUGGCUACGAGGGGUUCAUCAACUCCACGGAUGUUCCGGCGGACAUUAGGGAGCAGGUCAUCCGCAACAAGAUAGCCCUGGACUGCAUUUGGCGCAUUCAGGUCAAAGAGAACUGGAAGAUUUUCCUCAAAUUUUUGGACUUUAAGCUGAGCAAGCCGAACGAUUGCGAGACAAACUUUCUGGACAUAUUCCCCGAGCAAACAGUGAUGCCAUUGAGGGUGAAAAACUUUUGCGGGUCGGCGGGCGAGAGCAUUACGGCGGAAUCAAACAUUUUGCACUUGCGUUUCUACGCAGAUCAAAUCGCUAUCAAUUCGACAUUCGGCAUUCUGUACACCGCGUUUCGGGACCGUGGAGCUGCCUGCACCGAGGACGAAUACGAUUGCGAGGACGCGACCUGCAUAUCAAAGGAUUUGGAAUGUAAUGGCCUAGACAAUUGUAAAUUUCGAUGGGAUGAGGAGAGCUGUACGGGCGAAACGGCUGGUCAAUCGGAGCAUGUGGUAAUCAUUGUGAUUGUGUUUGGCCUGAUACUUGGCGGAAUGGUCAUUACGUUCAUCGUCAAUUGCAUACGCAAGAUAAUACGUGAUCAGAAGAUAAUUCGCGAACACAUCCGGGAGUCGAAGGAGAGCAAACUGGACGAGAUGGGUCGCAAUUCAAAGGCGCGUUCGCGCGAGAACAUAUCAAGGCAAAAGCAUUCGCAGACCUCACUGCAAAUACUGGAUGAUGUCUCGAACCGCUACUAUCGAGAGGCAGUGCCCAUAUCGACACAGUCGAGCAAAGCCGAUUUCAAGGAGAAGGAGCACAGCAUUCUGCGACGCCACCCGGACAUGACCCAAACGAGUCUAUGCGGCAUUGGGGUUGGGGUUGGCAUUGGCGAUGAUGGUGAGUCGAGCUCGACCACAACGGCCACGCACACGCACGAGAUGAUGACAAAGGCGGCCAUGUCGGCGGCACCAGUUAAUGCCUGCGAUAUGGGCUGUCAAACGAGGGAAUCACUGUUCGUCAACAGCCCCGGAAUCGGACCCGGGGCGGGUUCUGGUGUUGGCUUUGGUGUUGGAGGCGGCGGCGGCGGCGGCGGCGGCGGGGGCAUCGGCAUUGCCACGCUAAUGAGACAAAAGUCCAGCUCGUCCUCGCUGGGUGGUGGCAGCGUUGCGGGCGGUAUGAUGCCGCCGCCUCCACCACGGUUUUUCUCCACUUUCGGCUACGAGCCGGCGCCCCACGGCCAAGGAUCACCCUCGCUGCCGCAGUCCACUCCGCCACCGCCGGUGGUGGGGACACUGACACGACGCAGCAUGCAGCAUCAGCAACAGCAGCAGCAACAGCAGCAGAUGCAGCAGCAAAUGCAUCCCGAGUCGCUUGAGCUGGAGGAGCGACAUAGCGGCCGUUCGCAUUACGGCGGUCUUAUGGUGACCUCAACAGCCAAGCAGCCACAGGAGAUCUGUCACCACCACCACCAGCACCAGCAGCAACAACAACAUCAUCCACAACUCCAGCAGCAACAGCAACAUCAACAGCAACAUCAACAGCAGCAGCAACAGCGCAUGCAUCAUGCACAUCCUGCCCAUCAGCAUCCACCAAGCAUUGCAGCGCGAAUCCCAGCCAUGGGCCUUCAGAAGGGACAUGGGCAGGGCCAGGGCCAGGGCCAGGGACUGGGACAUGGCCAGGGAAUGGGUCUGGGGCCGGGUCAGACAACGAUCCUGCCCGGCAAGCAACAGCAGCAGCAGCAGCAAAAGAACGAGGAGUCCAAAGUAUUCAUCGACAUACGGAAUUCAGCGCCAGACGUGAUUAUCAUGACGUCCCAUUGACAUUUAAGGAUUGCCCGCCAAUCAACAAGAACAACACCAGCAGUAAAAGAGACUGCAACAGCAACAGCAACUGCAACAACGACCAAGAGGAACCACGGGGAGGGGAGCAGCAAGUGGACAUUGGCCAACAUAUUAACCGCAGCGACGCUGAUGACACAACACGGACAUGAAGGCGGCAACUCGCAAUCAGCCGGGGGCAGGUCCUGGUCCUGUGCCUCCUCCUCUUUCAGCACCACCUCCUGCACACAUCCUGUUUGCAUGCUGUGGCACUUUAUUUUUCCGUUCAUUUUCUCGUCUCUCUGUCUUUAAAGUCAGGUGAAUGGGUUCUUUAAGUCAGUUUUUGGAUGGAUGCUCCAGGACUGCAUCAAAAUUUUAAUUCAAUUUGGAACUGGUGUGGUUAUAAACUGGAGCCACGUGAAAUUUGUAUUAUUAAGAAAUGUAAUUUAUUUUUUUUUUAUGUGGAAAGGACAUCGGUCAUGGUCACAAGAAUUGUUUCGUCAAUGGUUUGGAAUCGGUAUAAGAAUUAGUUGCGAAUAAGUUAAGAGAAGUAUCUUGAUAGGUUAUUGGUUACUAGUCGAUUGUAUAAUGGUUUUUAAUCUGAUAUUAAUCUAAGACCUUAGUUUCACCUUUAAUUGGAUUUUCAACGGUUCAGAAUCGGAAUAAUAUAAGUUCGAAUUAGUGAAACCCAUCCAUAAUCAGCUACAACUUGGCUGCACCCGGCUCAGAAUCGGUGUAAUAAUUUUUGAAUCGGUUUAAACAACAGGGUUGAAAAAUGUCACGCCUUCGGGGAUUCCGAAUUAAUCAGGAUCCUUCACUGAAUUGUUCUAAAACUGAGUUACGAAUUGAAUAGUCAUUUAAAAUCUGUACAGGCUUAGGGCACAACUGAACAAGCAAGCCACAAAUGUCAAUGGCCCCAAUGAGAAGAAGAAGGGAAAGGGAAAGCGAAAGGGAAAGGACAGUGCAGGCAGCGCGGUGAUUGCGAGCUAGCUGGACGACAAAUGGAAGAUGUGUUAGUCCGUUGGGCAGGCCCAGCCCCUUUGCAAUUGAAUUUCCGGCUAGAGCUGUUCUCGUUGUUGCCGGCGGACCGCAAUCGAAGGCAACAUGGCUGGACAUGGUCCGGCCUAGGCAGAAGACGGACGGAAGCUUUCUGUGGAAAACAAUGAGGAUGCAUCCUCAGCACAGAGCUAGGUGGGUGAUGAGUGGGCGAAUGAAUGACGCUGAAUGGCACUGGGAAGAGAGCAGACACUAAACAGACAACGUGGCGUAUGAGCAACAUGUCCCGGAAUAUUGUUAUCGGACUCCGCCUCUGCACCGUUUGCGACAUGUCCGUGGACCUGGUCCUGGGUCCCUCCGCCUUUUGCAACUCCGCCAGGAACAGAACAGAAACUUCUUCAUUUACAUGCAUUACGUACGUGGUCCAUUUCCACGAGGAGGAUGUCGCGACCAGAGAGUCCAUCCAUCACAGGCACGUGCUCUCUCAGUCGGUGUCUCUGUCUCUGUUUCUGCCAGUGUCUCGGUCUCGGUCUCGGUCUCGGUCUGGUUAUGGUUCUGCCACCGGUCCUCGUUCUGGUGCUGGUCCUUGUCCCUUUCCCGGUCCUCAGGCUCGGACUCGGACUGUGACUGCAACUCCUGACAUGAGCAGCGAAGCAAUUUGCGUGAAGAUAGUUUUUUAAGUGAUUUUGAAGCGUCCCCUUCGCUUUCUCUCUCCCUCGCUUUUAGUUUACCCCAUGUCCCUUGCCACUCUAAAUGAUUUUAUGAAAUUAAUUUGUGUCCUCUGCUGCAAAGAGUACAUCAAAAGCCAACCACAUUUGUGGUUGCAGAAUGGAGGUUGGGGUCGGGACUGGAGUCACUUUUAAGGCAGCCAUGCAGCAAUCUCUUACCUCAUCUGGCAUCCAAAUCCUUUUCAAUUAGAUAAAUUAGCCGACCACAGAUUUGUCCACUUGAUGUGUGUCCCGGAGAAUUUUCUUUUUCCUCCCCCGUGCCCCCCGUGCCCGCCAUGCCACCUGUGCUGGUUGUGUCAAUUCCGGGGACAUGUCGGGGGGCCCUCGAAUCUGUCAUUCCACAAUUAGCAUGUUCCCCGUAAAUAGGUUGACGGUGGGGCUGGUGUUGGGGACUUAGGGCAGUGGGGUCUAAGUGCGGGAUGAGCCCCAUGGGUUGAGCGGUUUCGAUGGUGUAAAUAUUGUCACAGCUGUGCGGAUGGGAGGAUGCAUAGGGCCAAAAACAAAGAGGGGAUGGGGAUGGCGGGAGUUGGGAGCUGGGAGUUGGGCAAAAAAUAAAGAUGACAAUGACAAUGAGUGGGCGGGGACCUGGGAGGUGGGAAAUCCAUUUGAUUGAUUGAAUUUAAAGAGCAGCGACAGCUACGUGCCAUGUCGAGGAGGUGGAACAGCGACGGAUGGCUCAUGAUGAUGAUGAGGAUGCUGAUGCUGGAUGCUGGAUGCUGGAUGGUGAUUGUGAUGACGGUGCCGAUGGUGCAGCGUUGCAAUUUCCUUUCUCUUUGCGAAAGUUCAAAUCAUUAGAUUGAUUAAAGCACACCAGGGAAUGAGUGGGAAGAGGAGAGGUGAAACUGUCUUAGACCGGACCUUUAUCAACCUGAGCAGGGAACCAGCUAAAAGCCACUGCAAAAUUCAUUCAUGAAAAUGCCAAAAAAGUCUCGGAAAACUUUGCCCAAUGACCAGCCCAAAAAUGUUUCUUCAUCUUUUGUGUGGUGUCAGAAAGAAACCAACUUUUACCAUCAGAGUCAUUCAUUAGCCAUAAUUUGGGGCCAAAGACGUCAUAGGUUUUCCCUGUUGCUCCGAUACAUAUACACACAUACAACUGAAGAAUAACGUAGUUCAUUGUGUCAUAUCUUUUUUUGUUAAGCUUUUUAUAUGUAAUUGUUAAAUGAUUUUUGUAUUUGUUUUGUUAUAACCCUGAGAACCAUUGAACUCCUUUUCUAGCUACAAUUUAAGAACGGAAUCUAGCGAUUUUACUAAAGAAAUGUUGAAAAUAAGAGAAGCAAAAAACAACCAAAAAAAAAAAAAAAAAAAAUGGAAAAAAAAAGGGAAAAGGAAAAGUGAAAAAAACUAUUUGUACUAUAAGUCAGCAUUGCGUAGAUUAAGUAAAUGUAUGAUAUUUUUUUUUUUUUAUAAAUAAAUAUAUACACAUAAAUACUAAAAGUAUCAAAGGAAAAACUACAGAGAACAAAAGAGGAAUAUUGCAAACUUGUAUGGUUUUUUUUUUUGUCUGGUUUUAUUUAAACGACUGCAGAAUUGUAAUUGUAAAUUGUCGAGCGACAAAAAAAGUUAUACACAUAAGAACAUUAAAAUAAAUAGUAAAAGAAAAACAAAACAAGAGCGAAAUGGAAGAGCGUACAUACAUAGAUUAAAACGGAUAUGGUGGAUAUGUGUGUGCGUGACUACAAGUACGAGUAUCUAUGUGUUUGAGUGUGUAAAAUAUAUCGAAAUGCGAUCGAAUAAAAUUUCAUCUGUGGAUAUGUGAACAAUGG